AUGGGUUUUCUGUUACCACCCUCUCUGUUUUUAUCUCUGCUUCUUCUAUUUUCUUCCCACGAAACAAAAGCUAAUCAGCUCAAUAACUUCAACCCAUCAAUAACAACGACAACUACCAUUUCCAAUAGUAGUAACGAAAGAAAACUCGCAGGAAAAUGCAAUUUGUUUCGUGGCAAAUGGGUCUAUGACGCUUCAUAUCCUCUCUAUGAUCCUUCUUCUUGUCCUUUCAUAGAUCCACAAUUCAACUGUCAAAAAUACGGUCGACCUGAUACUCAGUAUCAGAAAUAUAGAUGGCAACCUCUCACUUGUUCUUUACCAAGGUUCAAUGCAUUGGAUUUUCUAGCAAAGUAUAGAGGAAAGAAGAUUAUGUUUGUUGGUGAUUCUUUGAGUUUGAAUCAAUUCAAUUCAUUGGCAUGUAUGAUUCAUUCAUGGGUGCCAAAUACAAGAACUUCAUUCUCAAAGCAAAGUGCUAUUUCCACGAUAACAUUUCAGGAUUAUGGUCUCCAAUUAUUUUUAUACCGCACACCAUAUUUGGUAGACCUAGACCGUGAGAACGUUGGGAAUGUUCUAAAGUUAGACUCGAUAAAGAGUGGCGAUAAAGAGUGGCGAUGCUUGGAGAGGAAUGGAUGUACUGAUCUUCAACACGUGGCAUUGGUGGACCCACACCGGCAACGCACAACCAUGGGAUUAUAUUCAAGAGGGUGGCAAGUUGUACAAAGACAUGAACAGAUUCAUUGCAUUUUACAAAGGCUUGACAACUUGGGCUAG